CGCCGGCCGCGCCCGCCCCGCCUCUCGGCGCCGGCCCGGGAGCCUGGUCCGCGACCAGCGGCGGCGGCCAAAGGGACGAUGAGCGGCGCGACGCGAGCGGGCCCAGCCCGGCUCGCCGCGCUCGCGCUGCUGACCUGCAGCCUGUGGCCGGCGCGGGCGGACAAUGCGAGCCAGGAGUACUACACGGCGCUCAUCAACGUGACAGUGCAGGAGCCCGGCCGCGGCGCCCCGCUCACGUUCCGCAUUGACCGCGGGCGGUACGGGCUCGACUCGCCCAAGGCCGAGGUCCGCGGCCAGGUGCUGGCGCCGCUGCCCAUCCACGGAGUUGCUGAUCAUCUGGGCUGUGAUCCUCAAACCCGGUUCUUCAUCCCUCCAAAUAUCAAACAGUGGAUUGCCUUGCUGCAGAGGGGAAAUUGCACUUUUAAAGAGAAGAUAUCUCGGGCUGCUUUCCACAAUGCUGCUGCUGUGGUCAUCUACAAUAACAAGUCCAAAGAGGAGCCGGUCACCAUGACUCACCCAGGCACAGGGGACAUCAUCGCUGUGAUGAUCACGGAGCUGAGGGGCAAGGACAUUCUGAGUUACCUGGAGAAAAACAUCUCUGUGCAGAUGACGAUCGCCGUCGGGGCUCGGAUGCCACCAAAGAACUUCAGCCGAGGCUCCCUCGUCUUCGUGUCCAUAUCCUUCAUCGUUCUGAUGAUCAUCUCCUCGGCAUGGCUCAUAUUCUACUUCAUCCAGAAGAUCAGAUACACGAAUGCGAGGGACAGGAACCAGCGUCGUCUGGGAGAUGCAGCCAAGAAAGCCAUCAGCAAGCUGACGACCAGAACGGUGAAGAAGGGCGACAAGGAAACAGACCCGGACUUCGACCACUGCGCCGUCUGCAUAGAGAGCUACAAGCAGAACGACGUGGUCCGGAUCCUCCCCUGCAAGCACGUGUUCCACAAAUCCUGCGUGGACCCCUGGCUCAGUGAGCACUGCACCUGCCCCAUGUGCAAACUCAAUAUCUUAAAGGCCCUGGGAAUUGUGCCCAGCGUGCCGUGCACUGAGGGCGCUGCAUUCGACAUGGAGCGGCUCGCCCGCGCCCAGGCAGCUCACCGGCGGCCGGCCCUCGGCGACCUGGCCAGCGAUGCCUCCCUGGGCCUCGAGCCCCUUCGAGCUUCGGGGACCUCGCCUCUUCCUCAGGAUGGGGAACUCACGCCCAGAACAGGGGAGAUCAACAUUGCAGUAACAAGUGGUCACUUCUUUCAUCGGAGCUCUUUGUCCCCUCGGAGUCUGGUGUAUGAAAGUGAAUUCUCCACACUCGAGCCUUCCUUGGACAUGUACGAUGAGAACAAAACCUGAUUUUUUUAAACGGGCUGUCUGGGCUCACCUCUUUUGUGAUUUGAUGUAUGAUCACCUUUCUUAAUGUGUACUCUUCUGUCAGUGUCCAUUUUGGAAGAAUGGCAGCACUUUCCAAGCUCAGGUUCAGGCUCGGGGUUAAAUUGCAAAGGUGAGGCUCUGAGGACAGCCUUAUUGCCCAAGUGACCUGGUGGCACCUAAAUCCUGUCCAAAGCUGACCACUGAACAUGGGCCCCGACAAGCCUGGUUGUUUGCAGAGAAGAGGAGGCCCAGGGGUUCAUGUUGCAUCUCGAACUCUCUCUGAAUAAUCCCAGACUGUCUGUGUCAGGGCGACAUUGGCGUUUUUGAUACCUUUGUGCUCCCCACUUACAACGCAUACUGACACCCUCGGGCAUGCUUCUCACCGAUGUGGGCACGAGUUGCUGCUGCGUGGCCCACUCCAUGUUUUCCUGUCUCUCGUUCUACUCCCCGUUAAAGGGCCUCUUUCUAAAGUUCCUGCGAGGCCUUGCCUUUUGUCCCUCCCCUGAGACUGACCACCCAACACACCCAGAUGGGGCUGCAGGCACACUGUGCAGGGUAGGCAGUUGUCCACAUUGUCACAGAGCGUGACAUAAGGUGAUGUGUGCUUGUGUGACCACUGACACACUGAAGGACUUUCCCUGAGACCUGUGGGCUUAUUAAUUAGCUCAGCACCACUGAGGCGUGUGGGGACAUGGCACCCAGGAAGCCAGCCUGGCAACGAUCUCAGGGUGACAGUCAGUGAGCAUCAAACUCAGAAUGGUUCCUAGUGCUUUCUUGAGCAGAUCACACCACCUCCCUGCUGUGAGACACCAGAUGAGCACCUGCUUCAGGCUUCGCUGGGCCAGCCCAGUGACCCCCUGCCAGCCUCAAUGUCAGCAUGAAGAAGGCACAGGAGCUUACAGAACAAGGUGGCAGCCAGCACAGGGCACACCCGGGACAACAUCAAUUUAACAUCACAAGAAUUGUGUUUCUUAAGAGUAAUCCCAGUACGGAACCAUGAUGAGCAAAUUUAUGAAACAAAUCUGAGCACCCUUUUUGCUCGAGGACACACCCUAGUUCAGCAUACGUCUCCUAGUGACUGGAGCUGCAGCGAGGUGUGAAAGAAUGUGCUCGGGCCCUCCUGUCCUUGUUAUGAGAAUGGAAACCUCAGUCUCCAUCAGUCAAGAGUGCGACCCGCACAAACCAUGCAGCCCCGGUGUCCCCACCCCGCUGUUUUCAUUGACUCUGUGGGACAGAAGCUUGAGGGGAACCCUUGCCCUUUUCCAUGUGCACUGGCUUCUCUUUAACAGCAUCUCUGUUCUCGAUCUGUGGCCCAGACACCCAGACAUGGCCAUGCCCGGAAGAGGACCCCCCCCCACCCCCCGCGACCCAGGCUGGCCGCAGCCUGCAGGGCCACCACCUCGGCCUGGCUGUGAGUGCUGGGUUUUUAAUCAUAAGAAGCCAAAACCAUGCAGAUGUUGAAGGUCUUGGCAGCUUUCUGUUUUAGCCUUUAACCAAGGGCUUUUGUUUUCUUUUUACAGUCUUUGAACUAUAAAAAUAUUUUUGAUAAAAAA